AUGUACAGACAGAUUAUUUUCCUCUGCACGGCUAGCAUAGCUUUCUCGUCCUUUACAACGAAAAGCCCUUUGGAGAGCUACUAUUGGAAAUUGUUUUUGCAUAAUAACAAAAUUCUUGAGGAGCUACGGCAGCGGUAUAGGCAGGAAAAUACUCUGUUUCCAAAACAAGGGCUUCCUCCCACGGCUUCGCCUAAGGCCGUCACUACCACUUCGAGUAUGGCGGAGUCAGAGGAUGAUGAUGAAAGUACGUGUACAAGCGACAAAAUAAUCAUAGAACGCUUACUGGACAACUACAAAUCCUUCAAAACUCCUUCGGAAACGGGGGUGAUAGUAUGGAUAGAGGUGUGGGUACAAGAAGUUAACUCAGUGAACGAAAUAACAAGCGAUUUCGAUAUGGAUAUCUACAUUACGGAGCUUUGGCUUGACCAUGCUCUGCGAUACGAUCACAUGAAUCCUUGUAAAUUCAAUUUGUCACUAAACUCUGAGAUAAUGGACGAGAUUUGGAAGCCAAACACUGUAUUCAUCAACAGCAAAGCAGCUCAUAUUCACAAAUCGCCGUUUAAGAAUGUAUUCCUCAUGAUAUAUCCCAAUGGUACGGUUUGGGUAAACUACAGGGUACAGGUGAAAGGACCGUGCACAAUGGAUUUCAGCGCUUUUCCAAUGGAUCGCCAAUCAUGUCACCUUACACUAGAGUCAUUUAGUUAUAACAAUCAAGAGGUUGAUAUGCAAUGGAUAAAUUGGACAGAUGCGCUGACGCUG